CGGAUCAGCAGGUGCUGUGUUUGACAAAAACUGGAUGGAAGUCACGGUCACAGCAGUACCGAUCUGACGGGAAAUUCUAACGGUGCGGACUCCUUAUUCGCAGGAUGCGCUGACAUAUAUGAAAUGCUCGCUGCGAUCGGAAAUUCCAGAUAAACUCCACCUGGCGUCUCCACUCCUUCGGUAGCCAUGGCUUUCUUUGUAUCUGGGGGGACUGUGUUCACCAUCCUCCUCAUUAGUAGGUUGUUAGAGAGCUCGUUGCUCAACGCAGAAGUGAAGGAGGGAGAGAUCCUGCCUCCUACCAUUCAGAGGCUGAUGAAAGGAUACAACAAGUACCUCAGGCCUUUCUUUGACAAUGGUCCUGUAACGGUGGGCAUGAGCCUGGACAUCGCCAGCAUUGACACCAUCUCAGAGAUCAACAUGGACUACACCGCCACCAUAUUCCUCCGACAACGCUGGACGGACGAGCGCUUGGUGUUUGAGGGUAACAAGAGCCUAAGCCUUGACGGGCGGCUGGUGGAGCUCCUCUGGGUCCCCGACACCUUCAUCGUCGACUCCAAGAAGUCUUUCCUCCAUGACAUCACCGUGGCCAACAGGCUGAUACGCAUCUUCCCCAACGGGACCGUGCUUUACGCUCUGAGGAUCACCACCACUGUGGCUUGCAACAUGGAUCUGACGAAGUACCCCAUGGACAAGCAGACCUGCACGCUACAACUGGAGAGCUGGGGCUACAACGUCAAUGAUGUCAUGUUCUACUGGACCAGAGGAAAUGAGUCUGUCAGUGGGUUGGACACCCUACAGCUGGCUCAGUACACAGUGGAGGACCACUACACAUCUGUCUCAGAGGCCGUUUAUGAAACCGGCAAUUACCCAAAGCUGGUCUUCCAUUUUGAGCUGAAGAGGAGCAUUCUGUACUUCAUCCUGGAGACUUACGUCCCUUCCAGCCUGCUUGUUGUCCUCUCAUGGGUUUCCUUUUGGAUUUCCUUGUCCUCUGUUCCAGCUCGUAUUUGUAUAGGAGUGACCACAGUACUAACUAUGACCACUCUGAUGAUGGGAGCCCGGACGUCACUGCCCAACGCUAACUGCUUCAUCAAGGCCAUUGAUGUUUACUUGGGAAUCUGCUUCAGUUUUAUCUUCGGAGCACUCAUUGAGUACGCCGUGGCCCACUUCUGCACCCUCACUCACAGCGACUCACACAUAUUCAUGUACGGUCACCACAUGCACGACCUGGACGAUGAAGUGAACGGCAUCAUCACCACCAUCGCUAAUCACAACAGGGCCAAGAGACGCAAAGAGGCUGCUGCGACUCCCGCCCCGGCCCCCGCCUCCCUAGAACUCACUGUCAGCCCGUCCAGCCCCUCGGGCAGUGAGCCUAAGCCCGAGGCGUCGCCCCCGGAGCACACCAACUGGUGCCUCACUGCUCUGGCCACCGUCCGCAAAGUGCUCCGCUCCAUAAAUUGCUGUCACGUGGAGAACCCCCACCACAUAGACAACUAUUCCAGAGUCACCUUCCCCCUCUCUUUUGUCAUGGUCAACCUGCUCUACUGGACAUAUUAUCUGUACUUCUAGCAUCCGCCUGAGCGCAGCAUGCGUCCCAGAGAGUGUGAGACAGAAAGUGUAUGUAGACAAGAAGUGUAUUUUACUGUAUGUAUGUACACUAAGUGUUAUUUAGGUGUGUUUCGAGAUGAGUGUGUAAAAUUUCUGCAUUUGGAUUCACGAGCGAAGUAGCAUACUCACAGGGUCGUCUUUGGGUAAAAGUAAUGCUUGUUAUUACAGCUCCAUUUUUAAAAUUGUGUACUCCAACUAAGGGAUUGCUUGAAAUUUUAAACAGCGGUGAGAUUUGAACAUUGCUCACAAAGAAAAACUUGGCCAGUUUGCAUCUUUUUGGCUGUAGUAUAUCCAUUUUUAGUAUAUCACCAUGCAGGUUGUUACUGCUGGACACUCCAAAGAUGGAGCUGUAAUUUAAGGCUUUAUGGCGGAAUAUGCCAGUAUUGCUGAGGGAGAGCAGCCCAUUCCACUUUCAUUCCCUGUUGUGAUGGAUUGAUUAUUGAACUUUACAACUUCAUCUUCCAUUUCUGCCUGCAGGUACAACAUUUAGAGGGAAACAGCAAAAAUAAUGGAUGGGAGAAGAGAGACGAGGGAGUAAAUAACUCAACGAGGAGAGUGUGUUUAAAACGAUAAACCAGUCUCCCAAGGACGAUCGCCUCCGUUCGCUGUUGAGAUCUCUCUUUCUUCUGUGUCCUUCUAUGAGUUAUUUUGAAUUCACUGAGCAGCGCUGACUCUUUCUGCUUGUGUUUAUUUUUUCAUCGACACUAUAAAUGUAGUGGCCUUUGAUCCCUGCAGUUGUAUUCUGGAAAUCUGGUCACCAUGAACAGUGUUAUGGCACUUGUCAUCUCACAAGUCUGUUCUGCAGAUUCACGAGGAAGGAAAUGAAACUACAUGAUGAUGAAUAAUAAAUUACAUGGCAUAAAUAUAACACCAUUAAAUUAAUGAUCAAAUGAGUAGUGGUGAAAUAUAGAUACGUUCUGAAAUAAUUAAAUAUUAAACCUCAACUAGUUAUUGUAACUUAUUUUUGUGAAGGGGACCUACUAUGCUUCUCUGUAUUUUCUUGUCUUGUGUAUAGUGGUAAAAUUUCGGGUGUUUGUAUCCAGUGUGGCCAAAGUUUCAAAUAAUGAGGUCAGUAUAAUCCCUGUUAGAAAAAACCCAAGGUUUCCUACCUUUCUGAACACUGUUUCCAACAUUUUUCCUACUCUGGCUGCAGAAUGAUGUCAUAGUGUGACACAUUUCUUUACGUUGUCAUCUGCUCCAAGUCUAGUGCAUGUAAGUGUUUACACUGCAACAUUACGCUACUUUCUUACAUCAUGAAAACAUGUCAAGCUAGUGGCCAAUGUUCUUUUUUU